AUGUGUACAAGUGCGUGUGUGUGUGUGUGUGUGUGUGUCCUUUUUGUAAUUCUUUUUUUUUCCCGCCCUCUUUACACAAAUGCAGUACCAGCUUCAUCUACACACGAGGAAUCCAACAUCAGUGACAAAGCCGUUUCCAGUGUUCUCACACAAACUCCUAUUGCAGACCUCAGCAAAGACGCUUCCCAACUUCUAGUCAGUCCUUCAUUGGCAAGCUCUGAGGAAGAUCGACAGAUCCAUAGCGAUACUCUUCCAAUAACUCUCACAGAUAGCGCAGACAUUCCGGACGAUUCCAACGUCUUUUUCUCUGCUAAUGACAAUAUCUAUUCUGAAGGUGAUAUGUAUCCGGAUGAAGAUGACAUCCCAAAUUUCCCAGAAACUGGUUCAACUGAUUAUAUUUUUCUCAACCUCCCUGAAGAAGACAAACGAUUCAUGCGGGGACUCAAGCGGGUUUCUGGUAGUUCUGAAACUAGUGAAGACAAACGAUUUAUGAGGGGACUGAAUUUCAAAAGAGAUUUCGAUGUCUUGGAUGGCGAUGAAGAAGAUUCGACACUGGCUGAAAAGAGAUUCAUGAGAGGUUUUAACAAGUACGCCAAAAAAGACGACAAAAGAUUCAUGCGAGGUUUAAGAGGCAGCAAUUUUCAGGAUUUCGCAGACAAUGAUAAGAGAUUCAUGAGAGGACUACGCAGCGUGGAUUAUGAUAACGGGGAAGAAAAACGAUUUAUUGUGGGAUUAAAUCGCUUUGCCAGGUUCGACAAGAGAUUCAUGCGCGGAUUCGGUAAUUACAAUAAAAGAUUUAUUCAUGGUUUGCAAAAUUACGGUAAACGGUUCAUGCGUGGGCUAACUAAGCGUGACCAAACAGCAGCACUAGAUAACGAAAAGAGAUUUAUUGUCGGGUUAAAUGGAUAUGGUCGUAGAGCUAACACUCUGGAUGGUGAUGGGUUGGGAUCUAGCCCCGCUGGACAAGGUAUGGAUAAGCGUUUUAUCAAAGGUUUACGUCCGUACACCAAACAAAAUCACGGCAAACGAUUCAUGAAAGGCUUUAGGAUGUACUCCAAAAAGUAUCGCCCUGUCAGUGAAGAAGAUUCUAAUCUUGAAGGCAACCUAUCCAGUGACAAACGAUUCAUGAGGGGGUUGACUAAAAAACACUUCAGCCAAGCUGCUGAGGAGUAUAACAAACAAUUGAUACCGGGCUCAGCGGUAGAGUUUGACAAUGUAUUUGAUAAACGAUUUAUCAAAGGGCUGGGUAAAAAGUCAGACGAUAGUGAAAUGGAUAAGAAAUUUAUCAAAGGGUUAGGCAAAAAGUCUGAUGACAGUGAUUUUGAUAAGCGAUUUAUGAAAGGGUUAGGUAAAAAAUCAGACGAAAAUGAGAUGGAUAAGAGAUUUAUCAAAGGGCUGGGUAAAAAGUCAGACGACAGUGAGACGGAUAAGAGAUUUAUCAAAGGGUUGGGUAAAAAAUCAGACGACAGUGAGUCAGAGAAGAGAUUUAUAAAAGGACUGGGUAAAAAGUCCGAUGCUGGUGGCGAAGAACUUGAUAAAAGGUUUAUCAAAGGAUUAGUCAGAAAGUCAGAGGAGGACAAGAGAUUCAUGCGAGGUUUACAUAAAAAGUCAGACGUAAGUGAAAACAAUGAAUUUGUGAGUAAUGACAAUUCACUCGAUCAUCCCUUGCAUAGUUUUGAUAAUGGUAAGGAUCUCGAUGAAGAAGAACUAGAUAAGAGGUUUAUGCGUGGGUUUGGUAAGAAGAAUAUAAUAGGGAAAGAAUCUCAAUCCAGCCUUGAUAAAAGGUUUAUGAGAGGUUUGUAUUCUAAGAAAGAAAGCAAAGGGCAAAAUACAAUCGAUACAGGUAAACGAUUUAUGAGAGGGUUUAGUAAAUUCUCCAAGAAAGAUAAUGAAUUAACGGACGAUGAAAUGAAUAAUGUCGACGAAGAAUUUUCUAGCUUUGAUAAUGAACAAAAACGUUUCAUUAAGGGGCUAACGAAAAAAGAAAACAAGAGGUUUAUUAAAGGUCUACGUAAUUACGCUAAGAAAGACAAUGAUGAUGCGGAAGAUUCAGAAGUGGAAACGGACAAACGUUUCAUGAGAGGGCUGGUGAAGAAAGAAGAUGCUAUCGAAGAUUCCCAGUAUGAGAAACGGUUCAUCAAAGGGCUUGUAAAAAAGGCGAGUUAUGGCGAGAAGCAGGCAGACACGAGUGUUAACGACGGUUUCAAGACAGCUGCCAAGAAUGAUAGCCAGAUGGAUAAACGGUUUAUGCGAGGGCUGGUGAAGAGAGAAGCCGGUUCUGUUCGUGAGAAACGGGAAACUGAAUUCCCAGUUGAUAACGACGUUGACCUUCUUAGGAGACUUACGGAGAAAGAAAACUACGAGAAGGGAGACUCGCUUUUUGAGACGGGUGAUAAUGCAAUUUGGCAUGAUUUGCCGGCUUAUGAUUCGGAAUUUACACACAACAAACGCUUUAUGCGAGGUUUGGCGCGUUAUGCCAAACGAGAUUAUGAUUUAGGCGACAGCCAUAAUGAAUUCGACUUCGACCAUGAACUCGACGAAAACCAGGACAUCUCCAAAAGGUUUAUGAAAGGAUUUCUCAGCCAUUACAACAACGGGAAAAGAUUUCAUUACACUCUGGCAAAACCAGAAGGGUUCGAUUCACUAUCUGGAGCAGAAAAACGGUUUAUCAAAGGCUUAUCUAUGUACACUCGACCACCUGGGAAACGAUUCAUGCGAGGACUGCAACAGUACGGAAAACGCAGUUACGACAAAGGACAAUGGGAGGACAAAAGGUUUAUCAGAGGGCUGAACCCAUACAUCGGGAAAUUGGACAAGCGUUUUAUGAGAGGCCUUGGGAGAUUCGCGAAGCGUCCAACAGACGGGGACACUCCGUAUUCUAGCGAAUCCCAUCAGAAGUUGUUCCCAACACACUACCUUAACUUGUUUCCCCAGCACCAGUUAAUAAGCCCCGCAUACAGGCAUUCCCAGUUAGUUUCAUUGUUUGACGGGGAUCGAAACCAAAAGUAA